GCGAGAGCGGGGCAGGUAAUUCACGCUCUGAGUUUGGGAGGGAGAGGGGAGGCGACCCACAGGUAUAUUGCAAGUGUCGCUGCCAUGGUGCCUGAUUGUUUUCACGCCCUCGGCGUGGGCACAUCUUGUCCGGGCGCCGUCGGGUCGGGCCCCUCGCGCGCAAGCCCAAGAGGCCCGUGCACCAGAGGUCGCUCCGGAAAGGCCACUCGUAAGAUUCAAGGGGCCACUGUGCUAGACAUGACGAUGACGAUUCCAUCCAUGGCGCCCUGCGUCCUCGGCGACGCCGCCUGGACACGGUCGGCCUCCGUCGGCCGGCGGCUCCCGGAGCCCCCCGCGAACGCGCCCCCCGCGCCGAGCACGCAGCCCUGCCCGCGCCCCGCGGUUCUCAGGCCCGCGGGCGCGCGCCCCGCGGGAGCCCGGCCCCUCGCGGGCGCCUCUCCCUGCCUGCGCAGGACGAGAGAUCUGCCUCUCGAGGCGGAAGCGGCGGCGAGGAGCUCGCGAGGUAAUAUUGACGGGCCCAACAAUCCCACCAAACAUGGGCGUGAGCUGCUAGGGGGCCACAUGCCACAUGCGAACCCUACCCCUACCCCCCAAGAUUUCUGAGGGGGAAGGGGGUUCACUUCGUUCGGGAGCUCCCGAAUGAAAUGAAACCCACCCACCCCCUGAUAAAUCGUAGGGGGUAGGGGUAGGGUUCGCAUUUGGCCCCCUA